CUGUAGGUCGCACUUGCACGAAUUAAAAGAUACUGACCGUAGAUAGCAAAGAUCAACGGCCGAAAUCUCCUAAUUUGCUCCGGUGGGACCCACGGCUAGCCCGCGUGGCGGGAGAGGAGAAUGCAGGUAGUAGAGUACGACGAAGAGUAUGGGGGAGCAGCAGGGAGGGAGGGGUAUGGGGGAGCAGGAUGGACAGGGUUUGCGAACGACGGGGAGGACGAGGAGGAGGAGUAGGUGAUUUGGGAAUCCGCUUGUUGAGGAGGACGUGCAGCAGGUGUGUGCCGGGGGCAUAGCAGCGGUGGGCAUCCGCUUGUUAUCAUUUACUAUUAGUUUAAUUCAGUGUAAUUCAGUUUGCGCAGUAGCCGGCGGGUGCUUAUAGGGGAAUGGAGGAAGAAGCGGAAAUGCGAGCGGUCGCACUGUUGGUUACCGAGACGAUAAUGGGGAAGGGGAAGGGGAAGAGGGGAAAGAGGACUGGUUUCCCUCUACAGUUCCACCCGUCUUCUCUUUCUCUCCCUCUCCGUCUCCCUCACUCUCGCCCCCUCCCUCUCCCUCUCCCUCUCCUCCUCCUCGUGCUUCUGUUGCUACCAGGAUUAUCGUCGCCGACCGUUGCGCAGACCGUCUCUUCCUUUGCAGUCAACUGCGGCAGCUCUCAAAGUUUCAAUGACAUAACUAGCAAUCGGACAUGGGAGGCGGAUUGGCUUUCGAACACACAGAUCGGGAUCCCGGCUUCUAGCCAGAACCCAUCAGGGAGCAUCAAGAACGCCAAGGAGGACGAGCAAGUCUACAGGUCCGCGCGCAUUUUCACCUCGGAGGCCAAUUAUACCCUGAGUUGCGUGGCUGGAACGCCAUACUUCCUCCGCCUGUUCUUCAACGCGUUCGCGAACCCGAACACCAGUCAGUCGCUUCUUACCGGCGUCUUCUCCGUCGCUGUCGGAGAUGUCAAUUUGCUUAGCAAUUGGAGCAUAUCGGGCGAAGUGGAUGGGAGAGAGGACUCCGCGCACAUGAGAGAGUACGGAACUGCCUGCCCUGCUUCGUCGGUGAUGUUUCUCCAUCUCGUUCCCGCCGUCGGAUCUUUCGCCUUCAUCAACGGCUUCGAGCUGUUUCCUAUCCCCGACACACUUUACCGAAACCUCACCUCCGCCGGCUAUACCUUUUUCACUUAUUAUCGCUGGAAUUGUGGCGGGAGCGCGAUCCCGUCGGAGAACGAUCUGGUGAGGAGGAGGUGGGCUCCAGACUUGCCGCCGGUACAAGGCACGGAGUACACGACUCCUGAUAACGUGGAUGGAUCUAACGAGGCGCCGACCUUCACUCCCGCCGCGGUUUUCAAGAGCAGCCGCCAGGCGCCUGCGCCUUUGGCGUACAACCUUGUGGUGGAACGAGGGGCGUCGUACUUCGUGCGGCUCUUCUUCGCGGAACUGAAGUUUCGCGCGUCUUUCCAGCGAGUGAUGACAGUGCAGAUCAACGGCGGAAUUAGGUUGCAGAAACUCGACGUUUACUAUAGUGCUGGGUCCGGUGGUAUGUUCUUGGAUUUCUUUCCCAUCGAUCAACCAUGGGAGAGGCGCAACAUUUCAAUCAUGUUGCAAGAGGAGGCCAGUUCGAUGACGGACAUGAUGGCAAUCAACGGCUUGGAGGUGCUGAAGAUCGGGACGAACAAUCUGUCAGCGACGGAGAGAGUGCGAGUGACAGACGACGGAGCGGUGGCGACCGUGGGGAGUCGGGACGACCUGCGCAAUUUGCAGGCGUUCAUCGCGGCCGCGCCUGGGAACCAGGCCGUGCUCUCGGACUGGACAAGUGCGCGAGAUGUGUGCGCUUGGACUGGUGUGGAGUGCCAAGCGUCGACAGGAGUGGUUGGUUUGGAUUUGUCGGCCUACUCGCCCCGUCUGAGGGGCCGCAUUCCCGAGGAAAUUGGUGGCUUGACUUCGCUGAAGCGACUCGUGCUGAGCAAUCAGAGCUUCGAGGGGCCGAUUCCCACCGCUCUCGGGAUUCUGCCGGAGCUAGAGAUCCUAUUGCUGAAUGACAAUCUGCUGACGGGCGCCAUACCUAUCGAACUUGCCACUGGGGGCAAAUUGCAAGAGCUGGCGGUGCAGCAAAACAAUCUCACGGGCGAAGUUCCGGUGGAGGUUCUGAACACCGUUUCGAGUUUCACGUGGAGGGGCGGAAACGACGGUCUCUGCGCGCCAGUGGGCGUCGCGUUGAAUAGCUUUUCCUUGCCUAGUUGUGGAAAGGAGGCGGGUUCGUCUUCGGGCUCGGGAAAGCCGAACGCGGGGACGGUAGUAGGCAUUGUUGUCGGUAGCGUUGGUGGGUGCGCCGCCGUCCUCGCUGUGAUUUUCGUCUUCUGCCUGAAGAGAACCUCCAAGGGAGGCCAUUACCUCCUGGACAGCUUCACAGGGUCGUUCUAUAGCUCUAAUAAGAGUGGCAGCGGGGGGAGGUAUAAGAGCGCCGGCGGGCUGUUCUCGAGGACGGGGGCAGGAAUGGCGGGAGGCAAGGGGACAAGUGUGACGACGGUCUUGUUGGAUGGGACCAAGGUAGGCCAGCGGUUCACGAUCGAAGAGAUUGGAAAGGCCACGUGUCAGUUCGACGAAGCGCGCAUUAUAGGCAUGGGGGGGUUCGGAAACGUUUAUCGCGGGGAGCUGGCGGACGGGGAGGUGGUAGCGGUGAAGAGGGGGAGCGCGGAAUCGCUGCAAGGGGCGCGGGAAUUCCAGACGGAGAUAGUAACCCUGUCUAAUCUACGCCACCGUCAUCUUGUCAGCCUGAUCGGCUAUUGCGACGACAACGGGGAGAUGAUCCUAGUGUACGAGUACAUGGCCAAGGGAACAUUGAGAGGCCACCUGUACGGCAAAGGGGUGGACAGCGAAACCGCUCCGCUGAGCUGGCGCAAGCGCCUCGAGAUCUGUAUCGGGUCCGCAAGGGGGUUGGAAUACCUGCAUUCCGGCGCGCAGGACAUGGUCAUUCAUCGCGACGUCAAAUCCACGAACAUUCUCCUUGACGACAACUUAAUUGCCAAAGUGGCGGAUUUCGGCUUAUCUAAAAGUGGUCCCAGUGGGAUCAACGAGACCCACGUGAGCACUGCGGUCAAGGGGAGUUUCGGUUACCUAGACCCCGCGUAUUUCAAGACGCAGCAGCUGACAGAGAAGUCGGACGUUUACAGUUUUGGGGUCGUGCUGCUGGAGAUCGUCACCGCUCGCUCUCCUAUCAUGCAAGGGGGUAGUAUUCCAAAAGGUCAGCAGGUGAGUCUUGCAGACUGGGCAGUGCCGAAGCUGAAGGCGGGAAAGGUGGAACAGAUUGUGGACCCGAAGUUGGUUAACUCCUAUGGAACUGCGUCUCUGCAUAAGGUGGGGGAGGUGGCACUUAGGUGCUUGGACGAAGAUAGAGAUAGUAGGCCGUCGAUGGCGGACGUGCUCCGGGGGUUGGAAGAUGCGUUGAUGCUGCAAGAUAACUCGCUCAGCGUCGUGCUUGAGCAUCCGGGGGCUAUGAUGUCGACUAGUUUUUACAAUGUCAACGACAGCGGUCUGCAGGACUUCACCAGCGCGAGCGGGGCCAGUUACCCUCUUAGUCCCCCGGAUUCGCUUCUCAUGGCGCGAUGAGCAAAGGCAAGCAAAGAAGAUUGUCAGAGAUGUGAAGUUUGCUGCGGCGCGUCACUCUUGGCGACCGUAUAUGGCCAGAUGAAUUUGAACGCAAGCUGUGACUUUUGGGACAAGGCCACGAGCAUGUUGUUGUAUUCACCGCAGCCGGAUUACGUGAGCGAAGGCUUGUAAAAGGUCCUGCUUCACAUCGUAGGUCAUUCGUUACCCUCCUCUCAUUAUUAUGGUUCCUGUUCUCUACUCCCGUUCCGUCGCACAGUUGAUUAAAAUGGAUUGAUGCCUCUUGCGUGGUUGUCUGCUCUUCGCUAAAGAUCCUCGCAAACUCGAUUGCCUCUUUCCUCUCUCACUGUGUGUUUGUGACCAGGGAUGGUGACGCUGUGCAGAACCUGUUGUUCCUUGAGACUGUCUAUAUAUCCGGCAUGAAGCCCACCGAGGCGGGCUGACGAGGUUUUUGUAUAGUCGUAUGUGGCUUAGGGCGUUUGUCUCCUCUUGUUGCUGCAAAUUUGCGAUGUUGCAGAUCGGCAGCAGAUCUUAGGGGAACUAGGUGGCAACAUGCUUUUGUACUGGUGCCGGUUUUGACGGUGAUGGAGAAGGAUUGGUUGGAGUCCGGCGCGAGGGGAGAGGGUGUGUGAGAAGGAUAGGCGAAAGGACUUUGCUGGAUGUAGGGAGGACUGCAUUGAAGGUGGUGAUUGGAGGGUAGAGGUAAACACAAGCAGGACUAUAUAUCAGGGCUAUUGCAGGGCUAGGAGGAAGUAGAGCCAGAGAGAAAGCAGGAAAUGCCUGUGCGCGUGGAGAAGAUGGUCAUUCUUGUGAUGUACUUCAGAGGCUGAUGGAUUGGCUGGUGACAUGAUGAUGAGGUUGAUGGCAACAAACAGGCCAACGGAGAGCUCGGAGCAUCGGAGCAUCGCAAGCCAUUGAUAAUCCAGCCAGGAGAAAUUCAACCAGCAGCAGUUCAGGCGGGCCAAAGUUGUGGCCUGCCUGGUAUACGUGGUAAGAGACUGAGACUGAGUGUUCUGCUUCAGGCGUGGGCCGGCAGCAAAAGCGGCAGGUCACUUUGAAAAGGCGCAGUGGCAGGCUCGUGAGCCUCGGAAGGUAGCUUUGUCAACUUAGGCUUGUGUGAACUAACUGGUGGUUUAAACUGCCAGUACUUCCUUCCGGGCACCUUUUGUCCGGGUCGCAAACGCCCUGUGUGCGCCAAGCUUUGUUGCAUCGCCAGCACGACCCUUUUUUUUUUUUUUUUUCGCUUUUGGCUGGCACCGCCAGCCAUUGUGGUCUGGUAGCCCUGAAGCCCGGUUAACAUAACUCAACUUCAACAGCCCGCGGCCAAUGUAUGGGCCGAGUACGGGUGGUUUAAGGAAAUGCUUGCUCAUUUCUGUGGCGGUGGCCAAUUGAGAACAUCGAAGGUUGCAAACGACAGCCGAUAAUCUGGCCAAGCAUAACAAAGGAUAGAUGCGCAC